AUGUUUAUUGUCGUCGGUGCGGUUGCUUUCUUUCUUUGGGGUAUUUAUGUUUACUUGACAUGGAACUUUGAUCACUGGCGUAAAAGGGGAGUACCAGGCCCAAUACCGCAAGUAUUACUUGGUACAUUCCCUGGUACUGUAUUAGGCAAGAGGAAUUUAAUUUAUGAUCUGGAUAAUAUAUAUAGACAGUUCAAAGGUCAAACACGAUUUGUAGGUGUUUUCAUGACCAGAAAACCACAGCUAUUAUUGAUUGACCCGCAAUUGUGUAAGGACAUUUUAGUUGGCAACUUCAAAUGUUUUCAAGAUAACGAGUCAUCAAAAUGGAUGGACCGUCAUAAGGAACCAAUAUCUGGAAGCAACCCCUUUGUUCUUCCGUCGGCAGUUUGGAAAACAAAAAGGACAGAAAUCGUGCAAGGGUUAACACAUUCCAAGAUUAAAAAUAUGUACCCUAUUAUUGACUCCAUUGGAGAUAGACUUGUGCAAUAUCUGCAGAAGAUGAUGCAAAAUGAUGUGUUUACCAUUGACGCCAAAGAGGUGUCAUUGCUGUACACGGCAGAAGUUGUUGCCGAUAUAGGCUGGGGCAUAAAAACCGAUAAUUUCAGAGCAAAAAUUCCUAAAGAAAACUGUAUUUUUUUCCAUAUGUCUAAGCGAAUGAUUGCCCAGACGUUCAGGGCCUUUAAGUACUUUUUUCUCAUGGGUAUAUUUCCCGGCGUACGACACUUUCUGUACGUUCGAUUUUUCCCAGUGGAAACAGACCGCUUCUUCUUGAAUUUAACUCACUCCGCACUGAAAUCCAGGCGUCGGGCACCAAUCAGAAAUGAUUUUCUUCAGCAUAUGCUGGAGUUGCAGAGCAGAAAGGGCCUCUCUGAAACUGAAAUAUUGGCUCACCAAUUAACACUCCACUUCGAUGGCUUCGAAACAUCAGCCACAUUACUAAGUCACUGUCUCUUGCUGUUGGCCAGAAAUCCGGACAAGCAGCAGAUAUUGCGAACUGAAAUACAGGAACACAUGGUUGCCAACCGAAAUAUUUUAGCCUUCAACGAUUUAAUGAAACUUCCCUACUUAGAUCAAUGUGUAUCAGAAACACUGCGUAUUUUCACUCCUCUACCAUUUAUGACUAAGCUUUGCACGGAGACAUGCUCGUUCCGAAAUGCGGACGGUGUGAAUUUGAUUUUACGACCUGGGGACGUUUGUAUUAUUUCAUUGUACUCUAUACAUCAUGAUCCCGAAUACUAUCUACAACCGGAGGAGUUUUGGCCGGAACGAUUCUCAGAUGUGUAUGGCGGCACCAAACCGUUUAAGGAUACCAGCAUAUAUAUGCCCUUUGGCGACGGACCACGCAUUUGCUUGGGAAUGACGUUUGGCUUAGCACAGACGAAAGCUGCCAUCGCAAAACUUAUUCUGAACUUUGAACUAACGUCCAGCGAGGAAACGCGCAAGGAUAACUAUCAGUCCGCCCACGGCUUCAUAAUUGGCUUGGAUGGCGGUAUAUUCUUAAAUCUAAAACAAUUCUAA